CCUGACGUCAAUGGUGGCCCCCACGCCCGAGAGGGGCAGACCGGCGGACACAUUCCCCAGAAACUCCCUCUUGACUGCAUGCCAUCUUAUCUGCACAUCUUGAUCUGCACCUACCCGAAGGUGCGGCCGUCCAGCCCACGGGGCAGCAUCCACCCUCCCGUCUCCACGGUGUAAGUCUCUCUUCACAAAGAGAUAAGAGGGACAAGCCAUCGUCCGGGGAAGUCUGCGCUAGGCGUGCAGGAUCCAGGCACAUGCUAAGCUUAUCGUAAUGCUUAAGCGAUUCGGGAUUUGGAAAAGACCUUCCGGGGAUGCAGCGAUGAACAUACAGAAUAUGACCCAUCUUUCCUGUCAUGAUCCUUGAGCUUCACAACAUCCUUCCAUUUGAGGAUUUUGACUGUUGACAGAGUUUGUUCAAGAAUUAAGGACUGGGGGAGAAACUGAAGGAUUGACCUGAAAAGGGCAGCGCUCGGUCAGCUUUGCAACAGGGUGUAUUUCUGAAUAGCUCGGAGCCUCUACUUCGACCCAUGAGUACUGGGGGAGCUUUGAAUGCCUUUUUUACGGCUCCCCAGACACCGAGAACAAGUAGACUUCUCCCCGAGUUUCAGAGGCUUCGGGCAAGACAGAUAGGAUGCCUGGGGGACCUUAACUCCCUCCUAGAAACAAAAGAUAGAGUCAUGGGUGGAUUCAAUUGGCUCUUUCAGCCGUAUCGUCCACUCUGAUAAGAGAUUCCCCGAGGCUCUGCCGCUUUGACGCCAGAUCACGUGAAGACGAGAGCUGAUGCAUGACUAAUCUUGGAUAGACGCGCCGACACGCUAAGGAGGUAAAGUGGUGGGGGCUUAACGCGGUCGACAUCACCAUCGUGCAGCUGUGUAAACAUCAACGACUGACCUUGCAACGAUUUACCAAAGUGCCUCAUUCACGCCCAGGCCGUCCCCGAUGACGUCUCUCAACCCCAGUGUAAAACUCUUGCAGUCGGAUAAAUGACUCGAAACAACCUCGGGGAUCAAGUCUCCUGGCUGCUGAGUAACGUCGCGAUAUCCAAACCCACCGCUCUCUUCUUCCCACCAGCUCGCGAUCCCCUUGGCCCCGCAUCAUCGCAGUCGCAGAGCCGCUUCAGCAGCUCAAACUCCCAACAAGGGCUUCCAAGCCAUUCGAUUUCCCAAUCAAUACCCGAUUUUUCGCUUAUAGGAACCGCACUUCAUGCCUUCGACGCGGUGGAACAGCCACAAGAUACUAGGGUGGCAACAGCAGGAAGCUCUGCCUCAAUGGCGAGGCUGACCUCGUCUGCGAGGCAUAGGAAGCCCUCGCUGGCAAUGAAGCAGCAGCAGUUGCUGACACCAUCCUCGACGACAAGUGGUGGGCGUUUUCAGCAAGCUUAUACGGCGAAGCUGCAGCAAGAAGACGCACAACUAGGGCGAAUCAGCCGAAACCCUCCGUCAUCUUCUCAAGAAGGAAGACAAAAAACUGCACCCGCAGGUACACCGGAUUUCCUCGAUGACGAUGACGACGAAAUCCUCGACUUGACUGGCAAUGAUACGAUCAUGUCAUCAGACUCUAUGGUAUUUGACGACGAAGUUGCGGCAUGGAACGACGUGCAUGCUCCAAUCCCAGACCCGUUGGUAAAACGUGGCCAGAAGAGAAAAAGCACAGAGAUGAGCAAGACAGAAUUGGACUCAGACUCCAACUCGGAUGAAUUUCCGGACAUCUACAAGACACUGGGAACACCGGCCCCCAAGGGUAGUCGUUCAGUCAAGGGACCAAAGACUAUCCCGUCAAGUAUUCGUCGGGCGACUACUGACAGCGGCGUUAUCGAGGAACGGACCAUCACGCAGACAAUCAGCCGGACGCAGCGCACCUACAAGAUGACGGACGAAGGGAACGGGAGUGGGACCCCGCGCCGCAUACCUAUGGCACUGGGAGCCCAGCAGGCCCUUGGAAGGACUCCGAGCAAAGCACUACAAAUACCAUCAAGCCCCGAAUCGAGCAGCAAAAUCAAGCCACUGAAUCUCCAAGCGAGCACGAACAACAAGCAACGUAGCAGACCUCGGGUUAUCCAAGAUUCCGACGACGACGAGUUUGGUGAUGAAGAGAUUGAUGAGGAGCUUCUUGCUACACCGAGCAGACGUACCGGAAUACUGUUGACAGCAAGAUCGAGACCGUCGUCAAUUCCUUUGGAUGAUUUGGAGUUGUCUGACGGACUUGUGGCCCCCGAUACUCCCUCCAGGCCUGACUCAUCGGUGUUGCAAGCUGCAAAUCAUCGCACACCAGCCGAGGCGCAUCAGAUGAAACCCCUACCCCGACAAGACAUGAACAACCCACUGUCCCAACAAAGCGCCUCAUCCCAGGGGCAGAAACCAGCGAUACUUAAGUUCAUCUUGAGCAACCCAGACUCUCUGGAGGCCAAGGAGAAAAUGAUUCAGGAUCAGCUCGAGCAGAACUCAAAGGAGUAUGCAAGAGUUCUACGCGAGGGCUCAAGAGAUGACCGCGUCCAAGUCAAGAGCGCAAAGGAGUUGCUGUUGAAGCAACAAGCUGGCUUGAAGGAAGUUUCCGACCUUCUCAGGUCUCACGCCAUGCUCAUGGAUGAGAGAGAGUCUCUUGCAAUGCAUAUCGCCGACGCUUACGAUGAAGGCCGCGACACUGAAGAGGACGAGAAUCGUUUAGAUGGCCUCGCGGACAAAGUUGGGGACUUGGAACAAUCCAUUGGCCAGCUUCUUCCUGGUGUUGGCAUAGACGACGAAUCUUUUAUCGAAGAUUAUCGUAGAUCAAAGUCGAUCGUCAUGAAUACUCAGCCCGGCAACAAAGGUCUCUCCCGGACAUCAAGGGAUGGGCAGGCGACCACAGAGAUGGACAAUCAAGUUAUCCAUCAGACGCAGUUUCCUGGGUCGUCCAGACUCACCGAUCCCAGGGAUUGUUCGCCCCCGCCGUUUCUCCGAGGCAGACCCGAGCCGUCGAGGAGCGCAAAGUCACUUGUUCCAAGUGUCAAGCAGUCCCGGCGGGAUGAAUUCGAUGACGACUUUUUUGACGAUAUUGAAGAUGAUUUUGACCCAUUUCAUCCUCCUGCGCCACAAGUGCCCCGACCGACGCCGAACCGCCGAACUCCCCUUAAGAAAACCCGCCCGCGUGCUCAAGAGAUGUCGAGUGAUUAUGGCGACGAUACCGACGCAGACAUGCUUGCGCUCGCUCAGGACUUCGAACUUCGCCAGUCUUCAUCCGCCGAAACCACUAGGGGCAGGGGUGUGCUUGCAGCAACCUCGGGAAAUGCUAGCCAGCUCAUAAGGGCUAUCGAACCCUUGAAGAAAAGGGAGCCGGCAAAAGCGAAGCUGUCAAUCCCUCCCGAGCUGAUGAAACAUCCAUGGUCUGCAGACGUGCGGAAGGCCCUGAAAGACAGAUUCAGGAUGAGAGGAUUUCGCUCAAACCAGCUUGAGGCGAUCAACGCCACGCUCGCCGGCAAGGACGCCUUCGUGCUAAUGCCGACAGGCGGAGGUAAAUCUCUUUGCUACCAACUGCCAGCUAUAAUCAGCAGCGGGAAGACGAGGGGAAUCACGAUCGUUGUAUCCCCUUUGCUCAGUCUCAUGCAAGACCAGGUGGACCACAUGUCAGCUCUCAACAUUCAGGCGGUCUCUCUCAACGGCGAAACGAAUGCGCAGAAGCGGAACCAGAUAUUCUCUUCGUUCAAAGAAAGGAGCCCGGAACUCUAUAUCCAGCUUCUGUACGUUACGCCAGAAAUGUUGAACAACAGUCAGAAUUUCAUGAGGGCCUUGACGAAUCUCUAUGCUAAUAAAAGGCUCGCACGGAUUGUCAUUGACGAAGCUCAUUGCGUCAGUCAAUGGGGUCACGAUUUCCGCCCAGACUAUAAGGCUCUCGGCAAACUCCGUCAUCAAUUCCCUACAGUUCCAAUCAUUGCACUUACGGCGACGGCGACCCAGAACGUCAUUGUUGACAUCAAGCACAAUCUGGGCAUGGACAGCUGCCAAGUGUUUUCCCAGAGCUUCAACCGGCCAAACCUUACGUACGAGGUUCGCAGGAAAGAAAAAGAGCUGAUCCAUAAGAUCGCUGAUCUGGUCAUGUCCAAGUAUAACGGCCAGUGUGGAAUCAUCUAUACUCUGUCGAGAAAGACCUCUGAGCAGGUGGCCGAAAAACUCCGAUCCCAAUACGGCGUGAAAGCAAACCAUUAUCAUGCGCAAAUGACGCCUGAAGACAGAAUCAGAGUGCAGCGAGAAUGGCAAGCAGACAAGAUUCAUGUCGUCGUAGCAACGAUUGCUUUUGGCAUGGGCAUUGACAAGCCUGACGUACGAUUUGUUAUUCACCACUCGGUCCCCAAGAGUCUGGAAGGCUACUACCAAGAAACAGGACGUGCCGGAAGAGAUGGCAAUCCCUCGGACUGCAUUCUGUUCUUUGGAUACCAGGAUGUCGCCACCUUGAAGAAGAUGAUUGCAGAUGGCGAGGGUAGCGAGGUGCAAAAAGAACGACAAAGGAUUAUGCUCAACAGGGUCACUGCUUUCUGCGAUAACCGGGAGAAUUGCCGUCGUGUUGAAAUUCUUCGCUACUUCGGAGAGGUCUUCAACUCUGAUGACUGCGAGAAGACGUGCGACAACUGCAGAGCGGGGGCCGUAUUUGAACAGCAUGACUUUUCUGAACUUGCCAACGCCGCCAUUCGGACCAUUGAGCUUCACGAACGCCUGACUAUAAAUCAGUGCAGUGAGAUUUUGAUGGGAAAGAAGUACCAAAGGACGAUUGAUCCCCAUCCUGACGAUCCCCACGGCAUCGCCAAGGGGAUGAAGAAGCACGAGAUCGAGCGUAUCCUCGACAGGCUCACAGCCGAAGAGGCUCUUGAAGAGGAGAACGUAGUAAACAAGAGGGCCGGCAUCGCGAUCCAAUACCUCAUUGUUGGCCGCAAUGCUCAUUUGUUCACCAACGGGCGCCGCAAGCUGCUAUUGUCGGUCCAGGUCUCUGAUAGGAAUAGAGAACCGUUGGCACCAAAGCCGAAAAAGCGGACUAAAAGAAGCCAGAAGGACGACGAGCAGGAUCUAGACGAGGAGCCAUCGAGACGUCUGCCGCCUUCGACAAAUGUUUCCUCGCCCGCCCAAGCCCGAAGAACUCUCAACGCGAGGAAGAAGGGCAAGUCUCUAGCGGUCAUCGUUGAUUCUGACGAAGAAGACGAGAUGGUGCGACAUGAGGCCGAAGAUCAGGAUCUUUCUACGCACUCAAACGGCUACGCCAAAGACGGCUUCGUUAUGUCUGACAACGAUUCCGACGACGGAUUCGAGCCACUGCCCAAAUCUCGCAAGCGAGGAAAUACCUCUAGGGAUAUUGGGCCUCGUAUCCAAGGCGACGGACGUUUGGUCGGCCUUGAUGAGCUGCAUCAAGACGUCGUGCACAACUUUGUCGAGGAGGCAAAGCAGCUUGAAGAGUCUUUGCGCAAUGCGCAGGGUCUCAGGAAACCUCUCUUUUCCGAGAAGAGCUUUCAGGAAAUGGCCAUUCGGUGGACAACGACUCUACCUCAGAUGUGCCAGAUUGUAGGGAUCGAGCCAGAGAAAGUGGACAAGUUCGGAAACAAGUUCAUCCCUCUGAUCAAGCGCUUCCAAAGCAACUACAGGGCCAUGAUAGGCACUGAGGAUAGGGACGAAGACAUGAGUGCGGGCGAGCAGGACAUAGUAGACCUGAUCAGCUCCGACGAAAACGAGGACGGUGAGGAAGGGGAAGAGGAAGAGGAAUCCUCGAAGUAUUUUAGUAGCGGUCCGCCUCCCCUCGUGCCUGCCGUCCAGGAGUGGAACGAGCGAAUGAGGGAACUUGACACAGCCCCCCCAUCUCGAACCUCAUCGUCGAACUCCACACGAGGUCGCGGCGCAGGUGCCCGGGGCGGCCGAAGAUCGGGCUCUCGCAAAAGCUCCAGCACGUGGGCGGGCUUCAAGAAGCAAGGGGGUGGCGUAGCCAAAAAGAAGGCAACUGGCGGUGCAAGCAGGAAGAACGGCGGCGGUGCGACUGUUGCAGGCUCGAAGAACAGCUCUAUGACGAGCUAUGUCUCCAGAGGCGGGAAGAGAGGCGGCCGGGGACGUGGCGGCGGCAUUGGGCUGAUGCCGCAUUGAGGGAACGGAGAAUUGGGUAGCGGAGGGGUGACAGGGACUGAAGAGAUAUGACAGACAUGAGAAGACAACACUGACACCCAGGGCGACGGAGGAACCUGUCUCAUUGCAAGGCAUGGCUUUUUAUGGGGAAAAAGAUAAGGUGGUUGAGUGAUAGACAUGAUGGGGGAUUCUCUUCAUGUUCUAUGCAUCUUCACGGCGGCGAAGUUAACGGUUACGCAUGAACACUCCUUGGGUUUGCACGACAGGCGUCGGUCGGUCAACAGGCACAUUAUUUCUGCGGCGCAAUCAAGGCACAUUUGGCACUUUUUCCCCCCCUUUAAAAAAGAGAAUAAUCAAAUUCGACAGUAUCCCCCCCCUCUUCAUAGGACAUACCUCCCCCUCCUCAUAAUGUCCUUCCUCUACAUGGCCCCCGGUUCAUAUUUUGUACACCUUCUCUGUACUACGAGCAAUCGUGACCGUCAAGUGGUACAGGGUAGCACAACUCACCGCUAUAGAGAUAGAGAUACUUUCCUUGAAAGUACUACUAUCAAUUUGCGUCUUUCCGCGUAGUAGCCAAGCGACGACUUCCAUACUUCCCGCAAUGGCCACUUUCUUCCUGCACAAUUACAUAAAAUAUCCUGGUGUCAUAUCGAAGGCUAUCAAAUCUGGUCGGGAUGUCCAACAAAUUUGUGGUAAUACCAAUGAUAUUUCUUUGAGGUUCUCUUUUCCCGAGGGGGUAUAGCCUUGACGCCUAUUGCUCUGGGUUUCCAUCUCCAACCUGCCUAGCGUGACGAUUCAAGCCGGCCCCACGGAGUUGCCUUCCCAGAUAGCGCCCAAAACCAGACUCCGUCAUCUCUCCCUGGUAUAAUGUACUAAAAGACUGUCAGACAGGUACUGUUCCUGUCUUAGGUAGGAUAAAAAAACGCCCGUCCGUUGAAAAAUCCUAAACUGACGCCUCGCCAUA